UCUAUCUAUCUAUCUAUCUAUCUGAACUGCUUUGGGAACUUUUGUUGAAAAGCAGAAAGUAAAUAUUUGUCGUAUGCACCGUUGUCUGUGCAGAGAGCCUUUUUCUUCUUGUUGAGAAACCACGGAUGUCACCUAACUUCUCGAGUGUGGAGGCAGGCCUUCAGACAGUAUACAUUUCAGACAGCCGGGACUCCGAUACCUCUCGUUUUAGAAACGAUGCACUGGUCCCUCUGCAUAGGAUCUUGCCUCAAAGAGAUAAAAUGUCAGGAGGAAGUGGGAUGGUGAUGAACAGGAAGAAAAGGGGGGUUGUGGCUGCAUCAGGGGAAUUUAGAGUGGGCGGGGUAGGGCUGCCCCACAAUCAAAAGCCCUCAAUGCACUCCUCCAAUGCAAGCGCCUUCCUUUCUGAGUCAGCUCAUUUGCUGCAAAGGUAAGUUAGAAAGACAGUUGUGCACCAAUACCUCCUAUGAGGUGCUGAGAUGCAGGUCAGGUUCUUUGGCAGCCGGCGUGUUUUUCUUUCUCAUCACUACGGUGUACAGUACGAACUAGUGAGCAACACAGGGGCGUGCAGGUGUUUGGUACAGGAGGACCUUUCCAAACCACAGGCCAGAGAUGACCGUGAUGUGUACCUGCCAAGACAUCAAGAUUCCUCUUCUCUUGGGAAUAUUAAUCGGCUCGUUCCUUGGCACAGGAAGUGAUCCAGCACAGAAUCUUACUCAGCUGAACAAGAUCCUGGGAGCAUCCGUCUCUUUUCCUGCAAAGUUACCCUCUGGAAAACCAGUGCACAAAAUUUCUUGGGUCCUCAAAACCAACGCUGGGAAGUCACUUCCGCUUGUGCAAGUCUGGAAUGGAACCCUGGAGUGGUUCAAUUCAACAGUCCGUUUUAGGCAGCGCCUAGAAAUGGCUGACAAGACCACACUAAGGAUCAAAAACCUGGAGGUGGAAGACAGUGGAGUGUAUGAAGUUCGUGUGACGAUGGUGCGUCCACCAGUGACUCAAGAAGCCUUAUUCAACCUCACUGUCUAUGAGCCAGUGCCAGAACCCCAGAUCCUCCACCAACUAGUCUCCGAUGCUUCAGAUGGAUGCAAUGUGACCCUGCAGUGUCACGUGCCUGGAAAGGGGGGAUUUAAUGUCUCCUGGAAAAGAGGGAAUCCCCUCAGGGAUGCAGAAGAAGGUUCAAACUGGUGCCAAUUCUCCAAUCACAGCAAGAAUCUCCACUUGUUCUGGCAACCCGACUCCUCAGACGCCAGCUUCACAUGCCUAGUCAGUAAUCUCGUAGAUCAGAAGAAGGUCUCAUUGAACUUGUUCACCAUUUGCUCAAAUCAAGGCGGAAAGGAAACCUGGUAUGUUUGGUUGGUGGGUGCGCUGGUUCUCAUCUUGGUUGGAAGUUUAGCAAUCUGGCUAUGGAAGAAAAUGUCAAUUAAAAAAGUCCCAAAGAAGAUUUACUCUCCUGAGCCCAUCUAUGAUAACAUCACAGAGCUGGGUGUACACCAGGAUGCUGAAACCUUUCCACGCCGCCUGGAUCCAAAUUCCAGAGUGAAAUCUGUAGCUUUAUAUUCCACACUCGGGUCACCUUCUCAUCUUCCUGAUUUGGCCACCUGAACAAUGUGAUGCUCUAAUGAGGUUGGCUGACAUGGGAGUCAUCUCUCGACAAGUUCUGGUGAACACUUUUCCUUCACUGCCACGGGUCGGCUCUCAGCAUUCUGAAAACUCCAGGAACUGUCUGUCUAUUUCUUCACCAAUCGCAAUGAAGAAGGAUGCUUGCUUUGGGAAAGCAGACCAAAAUCUUGCAUCAUGGCCUGACCUUUGGCGGCUGAUCCACAGAAGUACCUUCAGAGCCUUCUUUAAAUGUGGAGCUUUAUUUCAUCACAAAUGGAUAACAGGAGCAAGUUCUGCACUUCAGAGUCUUCCAAAACCUUUUAAAAAACGGCUUGGCAAAUUGGAUGUAAACUUGCUUACUGCAUUAUAAGGCAGGGGUCCUUGGGCCCAAUGUUGCCACCACCACCACCACUGUCUUUGGACGACAACUCCCAUCAACCCCGGCAGCAGUGAUUAUUUAAAUAAUAAAAUUCCAUUGUGACCAAUCAACACAUCACAGAGAAAAUGAGGCUGGAUGGAUCAAAACUACUUUGAUGGUUGACAUCUAGACUAACCGCCAGUAGAAGAGCAUUUUCCAUCACGCAGUGGGGAGGGGCGAUUUUAAUCCAUGUCCCCAUCCCUUUGUAGCAUCAUGUAUCUGCCAAAAAUAUGUGUGUGAGGCUUGGGUGGCCUUCAGGGAUAUGUAUUUGGGAAGUACAGGUGGCUGUAGAGGCAAGAGGGGAUUGCAGAAAAUUGUCCACCCCUCUGCACAAGAGAAGGUGUUCCUCUGCCAGAGUCUCUUUAGGUUGAAUAUCAGCCAAUAAGGAUGUGCAUGGAACUGGUUCGGAGGCCCUUUAUGGACUGUUUUAAAAGGCAGUGCCAGCAGGGGAAAUGCGGUGGGAGGGAUGAGCACCCUCCCCCAUCCUUAAGGAUACCCCUCCCCACCUUCGGACUGGCAGUUCCAUGCACAUCCCUAUCGGCCAAUAUUCCCAAAUCCCACCCUAGUGCCAAAACAUGGUUUGAUCAGAGAUCUGAGUAAAUCUGAAUCUUGGAUGCAUUUUAUCAUAGUAGAAAAGGGGUGAUUCAAUUGAUCUUUCCGAUAUUUUUCUUCUGGCAAUUUGAAAACCAUGCCACUUUGGAAUUACUGGGGGGAAGAUUUAGCGAUGCACCAUAUCUGGCCAAGGAUCUGCAGAAAUACCUCAAGCACAUCAGUCGCUGUGGCCAUUGUUGGUUUUAAAUUGUACACCGUUGUGUUCAUUGAUUAUGGUAUCUUUAAUGAAUUAGUGGUACAUAAAAGUUUCUAAAUACAAGCAGUUUUAAACCAUGCAUUUAGUUUUGGUAGCAAAGGCUUCUGAAAUUGGGACAUCCCCUGCCCGGCGCCAAACUCAUCUACACUGAACUCAGGAAAUCUGGCAUUGUAAUAAUGUGGCAAAUAAAAAGAAUUGCAAGACAGUUUGCACA